UUGCCCCGAGCGAUCCAAGUGGUAUCAGGGGCAUGCGUCGCGAGUAUGUUCGCGCAUGUCCAAUAUGGAGAAAUGAGUACCCUCGUUAUGAUUGUGUCUUCGUCAACACGAAUCCGGAUCUCGACGGGAUGAGGGGUAUGGACGUUGCGCGAGUGUUGAGUUUUUUCUCUUUCACAUACAAGGCUGAAUUAUACCCAUGCGCAGUUGUGCGGUGGUUCGAUACAAUUGGAGAUUCACCCAACGAAGACAACGGAAUGUGGAUGGUACAGCCUGCUCAUCACGCGAACAACUCUCCCCAUAUUUCCAUCAUUCAUAUUGACUCAAUC